CGUGCGUUCUCGCGCGCUACUCGAUCGGAGAGGCGCGGCUUCAACGCACGCCGCGCGCCAUACGCACAUCGGAAAGUUACGCAGCUCCGAAACGCGAACGUAACGCGGGGCUUCGCGUUUCCUUGCUUUUACGUAACCCCCUAGGAUCCCGAGCAACUUUGCUCUCCCACCCCGUGCAAUUUCACCGGGUGGUUUUGGCCAUCGCCGUGUCCGUCCUUUAUAAGCGGAAACCCCGACGAUCAAAACACAGAAUCGUAUCGGCAACACAGUUCGCAAACAGCGCAGAGCACGCACAGCCGUCGUCCGCCGCGAAUUUUCACGGAGUAACGAUCGAUCGAUUAAGACAGACAGAGUCGAAGAUGCGCUCCCACACCAUCGCUUUGCUCGUGUUCGGAAUAAUGGCCGUGGCUUUGGCAUCGCCGCUGCCGGGUCAUCAUCAUGAACAUCAUAUUAUCCACGUGCCCUAUAAGGUGCACACGAUCCAUCAUCAUCACACGAAGAAGAUACACGUGCCGGUACAUCACGUCGAGAAGGUCCCCGUUCCUGUUCCGUAUCCGGUGCAUCAUGUCGAGAAGGUAGCGGUCCCGGUACCUGUACACCAUGUCGAAAAAGUGGCCGUACCUGUCCCAGUCAUACAGAAGGUUCACGUCCCUGUACACAUACCCAUACAUGAGGAGAAGUUAAGCCAUGGCUGGCUUUGAAACGGAAUACUUUAUCUUCAGUUUUAAUUAUGUUAGGUUAUCGUACAAGGUGGAGCUCGAGUAAGUAAACGCUAAUAAAAUGCAUUCCUCAUUACGGAUCCAUUGAUAAGAAGUUUCCUCGUGGAAUACAAAAGUGGACGAUACCAAUCAAGUACAAAAAUCACUCGCGCCAUCGAGAGCAGCAUUUAAGGAUUUAGCAUAAGAAAAAUACUCCGUAUGCAUGCGUGUGUAUUCAGAACGAAGAUACUUGUACAUACUUUACA